AUAAAAUCUUAUCCAUAAUGGAGUAAUACUCUACCACAGUGCCCAUGUUUCCCUGCCGUCAAUUUCUAAUGUCCGUUUGGUCGUAAGCAUAAACGUGCGCGAAUCAGAGCGUGAUCGGAGUCUACGCACGUGUUCCAGAAAGAGCAGCAGUCUUCUACUGAACCUUGCCAAUGACACCUUGUCGCUGUGUGGUCCACAUGAGUCCAGCGUUUAUUUGGUGACGAAGGUCGCCAGGUUACGCAGUGUCUCUCUUUGUACCUAAAGUUAGUGCUGACUAGGAACAGAUGAGUAUCUGAACAGAACUGUAGAAGACGAUCACCGUUGUUGGUUCGUUGGCGGGGAACUCUAUAUGUACUGCCUAUGUACGUUUCAAUUUGGCACAACUUCCCUACUGGGGCAUUGAAGUCGCCUGCUAAAACAACUAUAUCUGAAUUGGUGAGUGGAAUAGUUGACCAACUGCAGGUUUACCCAACUGUCAAUGACUAGUGCUUUUGUUAUUGGUCGGGUAUCUUGAUUUAAAAUACUGUCUCCUUUACCCCAUCUGUCAAUUUUCUGAUUUUCGAUUGUAAAUCCUUGAGUUUAUGGGGCAUGAGACAUCGAUCCUCGAAGUACACGCCUUCUAGAGUCUUUUCGUAAGUCCAGUGUAUGUCUGUCUUCUCACUGCUGUAUGAUCCAAUUCUCAUUUGGCAUCAUAUAGUUGUUGAAUAAAGCCUGGAAAUGUUUAGCUGCGCUGCAGGCCAUAGUACUAAAGCAGCUACCAAACUACUUCACAAUCACGGAAUAUACACAUUGGGUCAUAGGAGUUAUUAAGAAGACAGUUGCAGCGAAGAAAAUCUUUUCGACGAAGUCAUCAUCUAGGCUGUACAUUCGUGUAUUUAUAUCAAAUGGAUGGGAAAGUUCCAGAAUAAUUUCCGGUUGAGGGCCAAAUGAAUUAAAAUUAGGAAUUAGAAUGUCAUAAUAAACAGGGGGAUGGAUAAAACAAACAAAGUAGCAUCGUGAUAGCUAAGAAGGACAUUGUGCAAUUAGGGGUUAGAAAUGUAGAAACAAAAUAGACAGGAUGUUUGGAUAAAAACAAUCGACGCUGUCAAAUGCCUUUUUCAAAGUCGAUGAAGUGAGAAGAAAAAGUUGAUUGCCAUUCUCAGCUGUUGUCGAUGAUGAUGCCUAGUCUUUAAAUUUGGUAUGGUCAUGGCUUGUUUUUCCUGGGUUCAGCCUUUCUUAGUGGUUUUGUAUCCCAAGCGUCUUUUAGCCUCUCCAAGAUGAUGCGACCCUGUACUUUGCUUGGAGUGUAAAGGAAUUAGGUACUGACCUUGUUCUUGCACAGACUUGAGCCCCGUCUCUUCGACAUUUUGAUAUGUUAGCUUUCCUUCAAAUCGGCAGUUCUCCUUUGUUUCAUUACAAACUUUCUGCAAUACGGGUGUGAGAAUGUUCACUGGGGUUUCUGGCGAAUGCCCGAAGGCCUGGUUGCUUUACUAGAUUACAGUACCGGCAUAGCUAUGUAGACCUCUUUAUGUUGAAAGACGUGUUAAGUGGUAGUUCUGCUUGCACUGGUAGUAUUUCUGGGAAAGCUGCAGGUAGUGAUCAAUCCAAGAGUCGUUUAAAAUGGUUAACCCAGUGUUUCCUUCGUUCCAUUCCUUUGGUAACUGCGUCCCUUUCGCUAGUUUCAUCUGUGUUGAUCUCUCCUCGGGAAGCAACUUUGUUAAUUAAUAUGCUGUUGGGGAUUCGACUUUUGCUCUAUCUGUUCUCAUAAAUCUCUGACAUUUCUUUACCAUAUCUUGUCUUUUCUUUUGAAAUCUGAGCAGUCUUGCUAGUCUCAAACCUGGUGCCAACAUUUGAUGUCCCUAUGCUUACUUUUGCUUCCAUCAAAAAACGGCGAUCAUUCGGCUUCCCGAAGGCUUUCACCCACCGGCGUCAUUUGUCUCCAGUAAUGAAUAAGUUUAUUUUCCUUUAGCUAGCCCUACACGCAACCUUUCCUCUUUUUCGAACUUGGGAAAGGCUGGUAAACUAAGCAAGGUUUAAUAUGCUUACUACUUUUUCAAAAUCCAAAGCUUAAAGAAGUGAUGGUCACUAAAGAGUAAAGUUUUUGCGGAAGUGUUGAUUGUCAUAGCAUAUAUACUAAGUCUUCUAAUUUCGAGCUCUCACCUGAAGUGAGGUAAACUUGUAAGUUUAGAGUUAGCUACCAGGCAAUACCACAGUUUUGAAAUGCCAUAGUUACAGUUAUUAUUUUAAGAGAUGUGCAAUUGUCCUACCUUGGAAAUAGUCUAAUCCCUGUCGGCAUCAUAAUUCAUGUUUUAAAAUGACCAGGUAGCAUAAGUAAGCAGUCGCAAUCGAGUUAAUGUUUCUUUCUACUAUCCCACAGCUAUGUUUCGUGACCUUUGUUCCGAAAUACUUUUUACAAUUCCCUUAUGUAGCGAAAAUCAUAUUGUAACGAAGUAACUAAGAAGUGAUAAAUUUCACUGCUACCAAGCGUGACCGCAGAGCCCAGGGGACAACUGCUUGAGGCCGGUCACACGCGGCCUGUUUUUGUUUGUUCUCUUUUGUUUGGUGUGCCUCAGUAGCAUACUUAUCACUCCUGCCCUGUGACACGGCAGCAGGAAGCGCGGUCGUUGUUAAUCCGGGCCACGGCCGAUCCGGCAUGAAAUUUUGUGAAUUUGUUUGAAUCAUGGUAUUGGAUAGGGUAGCUGCUUUUGUUUAACCGCUAUCCAAACAACCUGCCUUGCAUGGUAGAACCUCAAGAGACAUAAGUCUCAGCCAGUAUAGCUUGAUUAGGUCAUUGCGGUGUUCAAGCCCGACCACCACGUCAAGGUAGCAGCUUUCGGUCGGGAGGUGUAAUAAUAAACUCCUGAAGGCAAAAUCCCAUCUUGGACUCUGUACCUGAUAAUAAAAUCUAAGUGUUUUAUCCUGUAAUAUUAUCGCAUAAAAUCCUAGGUGUAUGUGAAAGCAUAAAGUAGGCAUGAACAUGAAAAGUGUGUAGUUUCGUUUAAGAUUUGUUACACUGGAGAGAUCUCUGGAAUAUGUUGUGCAGUUUUAUAUUACAAUUUAUCGCAUUAGUAUCUGUUCAAGGGUCAAUUUGUCCAAGUGACUCCAGGUCACUUAUACAGGAAUCGAACGAUUCCAUAGACGUUACUUAUGUUCGUUUUUUCGGGGUCUUUAACCUUUUGUAGCAUAACACCUUAGAUCCUAAAGCUCUCUGAUGAACUUACUGUUUAGUCUCGUUCUUAUGAGGAGGAGUACAGUCCCACUAAGCGAUAAAUAUUGUAGGUCAGCGACUCUUCUACAUAGUGGAUCCUAAGAUUAUGGAAGCUGAGUAAUAACUGUCCUGUUUUCCAAUACUUAGGCUUCAGGCGUGUAGUCGCUGAUACAGUUUGCUGUUGUAAAAUUUUGACAUCUCAUUAAUACCAUUUCAGACAUCUUAUUGAUGUUUAGUGAUUUAGAAUCUAACUAACACGUGAUUUGAUCAAACUUCAGUGAACCUAUAUAUAUUCUUUUCUUUGAAAUCUGAAUAGCUCAUUUUUAUUCUUUCUCAUGAGUAAUAUUUCGAGACACUGUGCUCUCGCACAGGAUAAUUUAUUUUAGAAAAUUAUGAUAUUCUCACUUAUUCAAUUACUAACAUGUUCACUAUGUUAUUUUUAAAUGUGUAAGAUUGAUCUGAUAGAGUUUCGCGAAAGUCCCCACUUGGUUUUGCCUACCCAAAUUCUUCAAAGGAGAUUUCGCGCAAGAUGAAAGUGGCCUGUAAGGGACUAACAGUAGCGAAAUAAGUAAGAAAGUAGGGAGGCAUGAUGACGACCUACCAUUUCAUUCUGUAAAAUAUGAGUUACACCCAACUUAAUAUGGAAUCACAGUCGUACUUUGCACAGAAGCGCAUCGAUUCAAGUUGAUACUCUUCCUAAAGUCAUAAAAUACAAGAAUAUAUAGAUUCAUACUACAAAAAUACAAACAGGCAUGGUGAAGGGAAUAAAUCAAUACGGAUUAGUGGGUAUUUCCAUAAGCUGAUAGGUGACAAGGGGUGGAUACGUUGGUUGCAUUGUAAAUAGCAUCCAACCAAUUCAAUCUUCAUAAAUUUUCUUGACAACAAAACUUGUAUUCCAAUUUGACCCUAAAAUAUAAAAGCCUCAUUUUAUAUCUGUUUAUCUAUUCUAAAUUACAUUUGUCUUUGGCUUUUAAACCUAAAUUUAAACCUUAUACUUAAAAAUCACAACUUUAACUAGUUUCUUCAGUUUUUUUUCAGACGAUGAAUUUGUGGUUCCUCAUAUGGAUAUUUCCUGUUUGCAGAAUUCAAUAGCGUAUCAGAAAGUUCUUGAAGAACCAUGGGUUUACCUUCAUAAUUGGGAUUCCUUAGCACCUAGUGUCCAGCACGAGGUGGUGCAGAGUUUCUUAAGUGAACUAAGCACACUUAAAACGGAGAUGGCGAUUACACAAGGUGUCUUUGAUCCGUCAAUGUUUGUUACACCGGAUGUGUCCAAUACGGUUUCAGAACAAAGUCAGAACGAAAGUACUUCAGAAGCUCCUAAAGAAAACAAAUAAUUUAACUGCCUGCUUAUCUUCCUUAAUUUCCUCAGAUGUAAUUAUCAAAAGUAAAAAAAAAUGAACUUCCUUCUGCCUCUUUGGUUUGGGUAAAACUAUGCAUGGGUUAAUUUCUCAAUACUUUACAGUAUUCUUUUUUUUACUGAUGUUAAAUUUGGAAACUUAUGUACAUCAUGGUGUAUGAAAUGAAUGGGUCAAUGAAUUUUUGGCUUAUUUUAUAACCGUAUACAUUUGUGUAACUUCAAAAAAUACAAGAUACCGUUAAUUUUUGAAAGUCAUCUUUCAUUUUCGAAUUAUAAAAGUAUUCGUCUACAGCCGCCACGAAUGGAAACUUACUUUUCAUCGACUGUGGCAUCAUGUCAAUUUAAAUUGACUGAUUACUGUUUCACAAUUGACAUAUGCUCACUUUGCUAAUGGAAAUAGUCAAUACAUUAGUAUUUUCUUUCCUGUAAACACCCAGAAUAAAAUUUGGAUUA